UCAACCAUGGAGAUUGCUAUUGUAAUACAAGCAAUGGCAAUCUUUGUUGCCCUAACCUUCCUCUACAUCCAAUGGAGAAGAAAGGCCAACAGUCACGAAAACAAGGGGAGGGUGGUACCUGAACCAUCCGGUGCCAUGCCAAUUAUUGGUCACCUCCAUUUGCUAGGAGGACAAGACAGGAUUGAACGAACCUUCAGUGCCAUGGCUGACAAAUACGGGCCAGCCUUUAUGCUUCGGCUUGGUGUUCAUCGUACCUUUGUGGUGAGUAGUUGGGAGAUGGUGAAGGACUGCUUCACUAUCAAUGACAGGGUUUUCGCCACUCGCCCACUCAGUGCAGCUGGGAAGUAUUUGGGCUACGAUUAUGCGAUGUUUGGGUUUGCCCCUUACGGACCAUACUGGCGUGAGAUGAGAAAGAUAGCCACAACUGAGCUCCUCUCCAAAACAAGGCUAGAGAUGCUCAAGCACGUAAGGAUCAAUGAAAUAGAUGUAUGCAUCAAAGAGUUGUACUCUCUUUGGGCCAGGGAUGGUACUAAUACUAAUAGUACUACCCAUCUUGUAAAGGUGGAGAUGAAGCAGUGGUUUGGGCAUCUAAGCUUAAAUAUCAUCACCAAAAUAAUUGCAGGCAAGAGAUAUUGUGGCAACGUUGAAGCUGGAUAUGAGGAUGAGGCUCUGAGAUUCCAUAAAGCGAUAAAUGAGAUGGAACGUCUAAGUGGGGUGUUUGUCAUCUCGGAUGUCUUUCCUUUACUCAGAUGGUUAGACUUGGGAGGACAUGUGAAGUCCAUGAAGUGUGUUGCUAAGGAACUGGACUAUCUAGUUGAAAAUUGGGUAAACGAACAUCGUCGCAAGGCACUAUCUUGUAAGAUGGAAGGUGAACUAGACUUCAUCGAUGUGAUGCUAUCGAUCUUUCGUGCUCAUGGUAAUGAUAUGAAGUCUAGUUACGAUGGAGAUACCAUCAUCAAGGCAACUGUAGUGACUCUAAUAGUAGCUGGUUCGGACUCUACAUCCCUCAGCCUGACAUGGGCCCUCUCCUUACUUCUAAACAACCGUCAUGUAUUAGGAAAAGCCCAAGAUGAGCUGGACAACUAUGUUGGUAGAGACAGACACGUGGAUGAAUCUGAUAUUAAAAAUUUGGUAUACUUACAAGCAAUCGUGAAGGAAACAUUGCGUUUAUACCCUGCAGCACCCAUACCGGUACCACAUCAAGCCAUGGAAGACUGCCAAGUGGGUGGAUAUCAUGUUCCUAAAGGCACAAAACUGCUGGUGAACAUUUGGAAAUUACAAAGAGAUCCUCGUGUUUGGUUAGAUCCUCACGAAUUCAAACCAGAGAGAUUUCUCACAACACAUGAUAAUGUAGAUGUGAGGGGUCAGCAAUUUGAGUUCGUUCCUUUUGGCUCUGGGGUCAGAUCUUGCCCAGGUAUCACAUUCGCCAUGCAAAUCUUACACUUAACACUAGCUCGUUUGCUACAUGGGUUCAAUAUGGAGACCCCUUCAUGUGAACCAAUAGACAUGAAUGAAGGAUUAGGUCUUACCCUUCCCAAAAAAACCCCUCUGGAAGUCCUGUUCUCUCCACGCCUUCCAUCUAAGCUAUAUGAAAUGUAAUCCGAAGAGUGCGCUGGAGUUUCUUGUAGUUGUGUUGUAUUAUUAUUAUUAUUAUUAUUAUUAUUAUUAUUAUUAUAAUAAAGGCUUGUAAAUGUUAUUAUGAUGAUGGGUAGGGUGCAAUCUAUCAGUGUAUGACUUCGAUAAUUAAUAUAUACAAUGCAUGUUACUAGAGUUCAUUCCUUUCA